UGUACGUACAGGUAAAUCUAACCUAAACACGAAGUGUAUUAAAGAUUGGAUAUACAAUUACAUUUCGUAGUAAUGGCAGACAUUCCGGGGUUCUCAGAUCCAAAUAAUAUAAAGGAAACUAACAUCAAGGAUGAUACGGCCAAAAAGAAGAAAAACCAAAAAGGUGGAGGAUUCCAGUCUAUGCAUUUAAAUUACAAUGUUCUUAAAGGGAUUACAAAAAGGGGUUACAAACAACCCACACCUAUUCAAAGAAAAACUAUUCCUGUAAUUAUGGAAGGCAAAGAUGUUGUAGCCAUGGCCAGAACAGGUAGUGGUAAAACUGCUGCUUUUUUAAUACCACUAUUUGAAAAACUGAAAAUACGUUCUGCUAAAACAGGAGCUAGAGCUCUUGUAAUGUCCCCCACAAGAGAACUGGCAUUACAGACUUUAAAAUUCAUAAAAGAGCUGGGUCGUUUUACAGAUCUAAAAGCAGCAGUAAUAUUAGGUGGAGACUCAAUGGAUGAUCAGUUCUCAGUAAUACAUGGAAAUCCAGAUAUUAUUGUUGCUACUCCAGGCAGAUUUCUGCAUGUAUGCAUAGAAAUGGAUUUAAAAUUGAAUAAUGUGGAAUAUGUAGUGUUUGAUGAGGCAGAUAGAUUAUUUGAAAUGGGCUUGGGAGAACAGUUGACUGAAAUCAUUAGAAGAUUACCAGAUACAAGACAGACAGUCCUAUUUUCAGCUACACUACCUAAGGUUUUAGUAGAAUUUGCUAAAGCAGGUUUAAAUGAUCCAGUUUUAAUAAGACUAGACAUUGAGUCCAAAUUACCUGAAGAAUUGGUAUGCUGGUAUUUCACUGUUAGACCAGAGGAGAAACUAUCAGCUUUAUUAGUACUUUUAAAGAGUCAUAUAGAUUCUAAUCAGCAAACAGUGGUUUUUGUUGCCACCAAACAUCAUGUGGAAUAUUUGCAUAUGGUAUUAGACAAAAUGGGUGUAAGUAAUACAUACAUAUAUUCAAAUUUGGACCCAUCAGCAAGGAAAAUCCAUGCAGCCAAAUUCGGUUUAGGUAAAGUCAAAGUACUUAUAGUAACUGAUGUGGCAGCUAGAGGCAUUGACAUACCACAAUUGGAUAAUGUCAUAAAUUACAAUUUUCCUGCCAAAUCCAAGUUAUUUGUACAUCGUGUAGGUCGGUGUGCUAGAGCAGGGAGAAGUGGUACAGCAUAUUCAUUGGUUUCUCCAGACGAAUUUGCUUAUCUUCUGGAUUUACACUUAUUUUUAGGACGUCCCCUUUCCCUAACAAACGCUUCAAACAAGAACGGAACUGUGGGAAGAAUUCCUCAGACACUUAUUGAAGAACAACAUAGCCACAUACUGUCCAUGCAUAAUAACAAUGUUGAAUUGAUAUCAACAAAAAAAGUGUCAGAGAAUGGUUACCAACAAUAUAUCAGAUCUAGGCCCAAUGCUUCAGCAGACAGUAACAGAAGGAUCAAAGAAUUGCCACUAUCUUCAUGCUGGGUACAUCCAAUUUUUAAGAAUGUCGAUGAAGUUGAUGAGAAUGAGAGGGAAAAUCUUUUAGAUAAAAUGAAGCAGUACAGACCUCAUGGGACAAUAUUUGAAAUUUGCGGUAAAAACAAAUCCGAAGAGUACGUUACCAUGAAGAAAAAACGCGCUUUCCACGAAAAUAAAAUUUCGGUACACCAACAAUCAAUAGCCAAUAAAAAGCAAGCUGAACUAUUGGAGGCGAACAACAAUGAAGAGACUUUACAAAGAAGCACUAACGAAGACAUUACAGACGCGUUUUCAACGGUUGUUAUGCCGAAAAAGAGAAAGAUGGACGGUUUAUAUAGAAAUAAUAAAAAGCUCAAGGUCAAAGAUGAAAAUUAUAUUCCUUAUGCCCCCUCGGAUCAACACACGGAAGAAGGCUUAGCAAUAAACAAUUUCCAAAAAGAAGCCAUGAACGCCCAAUUAGAUUUAGUCGGCGAUUCAAAUGAAGCUAUAAGGAUGGGCAAACAACUCAAAGUGUGGGAUAGGAAAAAGAAGAAGAUGGUUGCUGCACCGGACUUUAGAGCCGGCAAAAUAAAAACCGAAUCAGGAGUUUGGAUAUCAGCUACGUAUAAGAGUAAUCGAUAUGAACAGUGGAAAGAGAAAACAAAAAUAGACCAGGGUGAUGACGAUGGUGACGAAGAUGAUUCUCCUGCUCAAAAACGUCCUGUUAGAAACCCUCAUGUACAUUGGGCAAAACAUAAUGAAAAAGUCAAGAUGAAGCAAAGAAAAUCAGAAAUGAAAUCGUCCGAUCAAAUUGUAAAAGCCAGGUUGAUAGCUGAAAAGAAGAAACAUAAGCAGAAGGGCAAAAAAUCGAAAAAGGGAAGAAAGAAGAGAAAUUGAUAUGUUUUUAAGAGAAUUGUUUACGAAAAAGUUAAAAUAUGUAAAUAAAUAGCUAUAAAACUG